AUGGAGCAACAGGCAGUCGGUGGCUCCCCUGAGAGCUGGGACGGGAUAAAAAGGGCGCCGGGGGCCGUGCUGCCCCGGGUUGAAGACUGUCGCUCUCCGCGCUCGGUCUCGAAGACCGUGAAGCGCAUAAGCGCGCACCCGGGGCGGUUUUACGGCGCUCUAAGUAUUGCGGCUCGAGUUCCGUUCAGCAUCUCCUCGUUCGGAGCUAGCAGCAUUGCUGGCUGUGAAGCUGAGCCCGGCUGCAGCGUCGCGGUGGAGCAGAGAUGUGCCCGGCACCGGGCGUUCCACCGGCCGUGCUGUGCGGGGCUCCUGUGCACACUUUGCAUCUGGCUGGGCUUUGUGGGUGAGGUGGAAACUCAGGAUCAGUUCGAUAACUUAGACAAGCAUACUCAGUGGGGCAUUGACUUCUUGGAGAAAUAUGCAAAAUUUGUAAAAGAAAGAAUAGAAAUUGAGCAAAACUAUGCAAAGCAACUGAGAAAUCUGGUUAAGAAGUACUGUCCUAAACGUUCAUCCAAAGAUGAGGAACCCAGGUUUACUUCAUGUAUUGCCUUUUUUAACAUCCUUAACGAGCUGAAUGACUAUGCAGGACAGCGCGAAGUAGUUGCAGAAGAAAUGGGACACAGAGUCUAUGGAGAAUUAAUGAGAUACUCACAUGAUCUAAAAACUGAGAGAAAAAUGCAUCUUCAGGAAGGACGAAAGGCUCAACAAUAUCUGGACAUGUGCUGGAAACAGAUGGAUAAUAGUAAAAAGAAAUUUGAGAGAGAAUGCAGAGAGGCAGAGAAGGCGCAGCAAAGCUACGAAAGACUGGACAAUGACACUAAUGCGACAAAGGCUGAUGUUGAAAAGGCUAAGCAACAGUUAAACCUGCGUACACACAUGGCUGAUGAAAACAAAAAUGAAUAUGCUGCACAACUACAGAAUUUUAAUGGUGAACAGCACAAACACUACUACAUUGUCAUUCCUCAGAUUUACAAGCAACUUCAAGAAAUGGAUGAAAGAAGGACUAUCAAACUUAGUGAAUGUUACAAAGGCUUUGCUGACUCUGAGCGCAAAGUUAUUCCAAUCAUCUCUAAAUGCUUAGAGGGGAUGAUCCUUGCAGCAAAAUCAGUUGAUGAACAUAGAGACUCCCAGCUAGUGAUAGACUGCUUCAAAUCUGGUUUUGAACCUCCUGGAGAUUUUCCAUUUGAAGACUACAGUCAGAAUAUUUACAGAACUAUCUCUGAUGGAACCAUCAGUACACCAAAGCAGGAAGGAAUGAGAAUUGAUUCAAAAACUACAGUGGGCAAGGCGAAAGGAAAGCUGUGGCUAUUUGGAAAAAAGCCAAAGCCACAGUCCCCACCCCUAACCCCUACUAGUUUAUACACAUCCAGUACUCCUAAUGGGUCCCAGUAUCCCAUAUUCUCCAUUGAACCAGUGCAUUAUUGCAUGAGUGACAUAAAAACAGGGAAGCCCAGAAUUCCUUCUUUCAGAAGCCUCAAAAGAGGGGUAAGUUGGAUAAAAAAGUUGAAAUGCAUGAUGGGCUAUGAACAGUGUGUUUGUGAUGUGGCUUUUCUAAUGCUCUUCACCCUCAUUAUAAGGCUUACUCUUUUUUAAGUAAUACUCAGCUAUAAGGUCACUUUUAGGAUACUUUGGUGGUUGUUGUUUUGUGGGUUUUUUUUCAGAUUAUACAGAUCUUACCACCAGAUUAAAAUUAAAAUAGUAUAAAUACUUGUUAUAACAUUCCAAAUGCUUGUGUCUGUAAUGAAGGUGUUAUAAAGAGGGUGCUCAGCAUGUAUUUGAUAACUUUUAUUCAUUGUUGUUCACAUUCACAAAUGUUUUCCUACCAUCAUAUACCAUAUUUUAGCAGUACUAUAUCACAAGGUAUAAAUAGUAACCAUAAAAAAAGCUUACAGAUUAUCACUUUAUUUGCUGACUUCUAAUUGAAAUAAUAGUAGUUGAUGUCGAGACAGAACUAAGUUUCAUUUACUUUUUUAUACAUCAAAUGUUCCAGCAUGCAGUGCUGGCAGAUUCUACAAUCCUGAUUUUCUGAAAAAUUACCCUCUUAAUUUUAUGAUUAACAAAUUGUUUUUGUCCAAGGUACUUUUGGGUAAAGGUAUUGAAAAAUUACUACCAAAUGCUACUUUGAGAUUUAUCAAUUCAUUUAUCAUUGAUUAGUGGCAUAUUCUGCAAAUAGAAUUUGCUUGGAAGACAACAGAAGAGAAUUGUUAGCAACAUUUCUUAGCAACAUUUACAGUACGAGUGAUAAGUGUAUAUUGCCACUUUCCUGUUAUUUCAGUGAAAUACAGGCUGCCCAGUUUGUGUGUUUUAAGAUGCUUAAUGAUUUUAUAAUGAGAUGUAUGUAUCUGAUUAUACUUAAUUAUAUUUAAUGAUUUUCUUGUAUUUGAAAACAAAAAUCAGCUUGCUAUCUCAUAUGCAUCAAGAAUGGCUGGUUACUGUAACGUGGAGAUCAAAGUACAAUGUAGCAGUGCAGUAAAGUUAAUGAUUUAGAGACUCCCUUGCUAUCAUUCAGAAAUGAGUUAUGCUUUAAUGUACUUUCUUUAAAUCAUGUUGUGGCAUCUUAUAUCAGACCCCCAGAUAUUUUGUAUGUAUUGAUGAAGGGAAGCUUUUUCUUUUAUUUUCUGAACGGUAUUAUAAUCUAUUUUGGUUGUGAAGAUAAUAUUCCUUCCUUACCUACUCAGUGAAGAACUGGAUUAAAGUUGCUGAAGUAGCAGAGAUCUUGAUUAACCCCCACCUUUUUGUUUUAUCAUUGACAUAUCAACUCCUCACAAAUUGACACCUUAUAAUCUUAAUAGAUCUAGAAUUUGUUACUAAAGCAAAAGAUAAUUUCCUAACAACUAAAAAAUGCCCAUGGAAAACAAAACAGUAUUUUAAUUUUGUAUUCUUAACGAUUUAUUGAUCGUGUUGUAAAAUAGAAUCAACUUACCUAAUACAGAACAGUAUUCUGUCAAAUUAAUAAGGAUUGAUAGUAUCAUCCAAAUGUGGAUUAUCUCAGUUAUCUGGCAAUAUCAAAUGUUUUGAAAUUUCUAAGUCUUCCAGAUGAAUAUUUUGUUUUAUGUGGUUUGGAAUACCUUGCAAACAUUUAAAGACCUCACAUAUCAAAUGUCUUUAAAUGUGUACUGUAAUUUUAUCUUUGAAAUACUGUUUGUUCAAUUCUUAGUAGUUCCUAAUACA